ACCUGUUGAAAUCAUUAAGAUCAUUGUACCAACAUUACCUCUGAUUACUUCUGUUGGUGGUUUAUUGUUUACGUUUGAUAAUAGUGGUUUAAGUCUGUUUGCUUGGUCUUCAAGAUUAUAG